GUCUCUUUACCCAACAGCUUCGUCGAAUCGCUCGGACACUGAAAAUCGCAUUGCUUCGAUGUAGAACAGUACAGAUAAUGUCAGAUGAAUCGCGUUGGGCAAAAGCCUAUAUAGCGUGCGACAGGUGCAAGCUUCGCAAGAAGAAAUGCAAUGGUGAUCGACCAAAAUGUAGUCUUUGUGCCAUGCAGCGUGCGGAUUGUACAUAUUCAGCAGUCCGACGUCUUCGUGGCGCAGGCAAAAAAUUUGAAAAAAAGAAAACCACCUAACGAGGAUCAUUACCAGGGGAAGGCAUGGCAAGGCUGAUCAAAUGAUCCCUCUGCCUCUGGUGCAGUCUUCUUUGUCCACGGCAAGUCGUUGCGAACCAUUGUGUAUCAAAUCGACAGAGUUGGGCAAGGACCUUUUGAUUGCCAAACUUCCCGCAUUUCUGGCACCGCACUCGUUUAAAAGCAACCUCGAAACCGUACAAGCAGCUCUCGACAAAGCACGUUCUAGGGAUGAAUACUCAUCAAUAUUACCAGACAAUAUAGCAAGACACUUGAUUGAAGCCUCGUUCGAAGAAAUCUCGCUCCCGCGGAGCGUAGUCGCGAGCCGUCUUGAACUCACAGCCUUGUUUGAUCAACAACGUCGAGAAUGCCCGAAAGAUCCAGGGUCCAAUCCUGCAAUAUGGGUACUGAUCAACGCAGCGAUUGCGCUUGCAAUUCGAGCCAAGACAGUCGACACGCCUGCUUUGCGGUUAUCCGAGAUCGCGUCUGCGUAUCAUCGCAACGCAACCAAAGCUCUAGGUCAAGUUUUGCUUGCUCCUCCGUCAGUGCUCUCGGUUCGUGCAUUGCUAGCCAUGGCAGUGGCUAGUCGGGUUGAGACGGGUCAGCUUGCAGCUCUGAUUUUGGCCAACAGUGCGAAAUUGGUCCUUGAGGCUAUACUAUCACAGUCUGACAGUGGCGGCGCUAGUGACGACUUAAGUACACUGCGGCUUUUGCAUGACACCGUGAAUAGAUUGGUACAAGAUUUGAAGAGAACACGAAGCACAGAUCUAAUUGCCUGUGCGCCUAGUUGAGGUCUCUCCAUCACGAGAGCUAAAUUCUGAACCAUUUUCACCUGCCAUACUAGGAAUGCCUCUGAGGAAGGACGAUUGUUCGGGGAUUAUAUACAUACGGAGUCUUUGAUACAAGGAAAGGGGGCCGAGGGGCGGGGACAGCAGCACUAUCUGCAAGACCAUUAAUCAAC